AUGGCUCAUGUUGUAGGAUCUUCUCACCGGGCAGUUGCAAGCUGUGGGGCUGUGACCAUUGUAAUGGCGCUGACAGAGAGCGGUAUUCAGACGCUGCUGGGGCCUGGAGCGUUCAUUCGCCGUCUGAUGGGACUGUGGUGGCCCCAUGGGCAGCGAGGACGCAUGCGGUCGGCUGUGUGCGCCGCAAUGACUUUGGUCUCAAUGGCGAUCCUGGUGGCUUUCUCGUGCCUCAAGCUCAUCAUCGACCCCCCACCAGAGCUCGAGGAGCUCGUCAUGUGCUAUUUGCUUAUUUUUGGCUGUACUGGAGAUCUGUCCAAGGCAGCGUUCUUCAUUUACAAAGGCGACACAAUGAAACAACUGCUCGAGCUGCUGUCAGACACCAGGAGGCUCCACCGUAACGACGAAACUAACGACGUCGUCCGGAGCUCUUACGAAAAGCAGUCACACCGAUUGUAUCAAUACAUGCAGGUAGCGUUUUGGCUAGCAGUCGUUUUUCUGGUCUCCUCACCGCUACUUGCUAAUGCUUUCAUCAGUUCCGAUGAUGGUUCGCCCGAAUCACACCGCCUGUUCCCUAUGCCCAUCUGGUUUCCAGGAAACUUUUAACUGUCACCCACAUACGAAAUAUUGUAUGGUGUUCAAUCUUUCAGCGUGCUAGUAGCCGCUCAGUCUUCGUUUUUAAAAGUGAAGGAUGAACAACACGAAGACCAAGAGUGGAGAAUUAACGUUAAAGAAAAUGCAGAACUGAACUAUCAAAGAAAAGGGAAUUCGACUAACAUCACUACGUCAGAGGACGUCUCAGAUGAGGAGAUGUGUCUACUAUUGGUGAAGAACAUUCAGCAUCAUCAGGUAAUUAUCAGGUCUGUACUGCUCUUGCAGAACAUAAUGAGUGAGUCAAUUUCCAUCCUCCUUUUCGUCAAUAUGGUUGAUCUGUGUGCCUGCAUAUUCGUCAGUGCUGUGCUGUUGCAGAGAGACGGGAACGUGACAAAGGCGCUGAAGACACUGUCGGUGAUACCACCUCUCUUGUUCGAAACAGGCAUCUACUGUAUCUUCGGUCAGAUAUUAACUGAUCAGAGUGAAAAACUGUCCGACUCUGCCAUCAGCUGUGGAUGGGUCGACUGCAAUGAGCGAUUCAAGCGUGAUUUCCUGGUUUUCCUCGUAUCCACUAGGAGGCCUUUGGAAAUCACGGUGGGCAAGAUGAGCAAGUUAUCUAAGCAAAUGUUUGUGCAGGUGCUGAAUGGAUCAUAUGGACUGCUGAAUUUGCUCUAUCAUUUUCAAAGCACUGAGUAA